GGAUUCCGCCUCUGGUAGGCUAUGGUCAUAAUAAGGACGUCACUAUCCGUUAAGACUGCCGCUGCUACAACUGAGCUAAGUGCGCAGGUUUAAACAUGGUUACGCUACGAAAACAAAUCGCACCAUGCCUGUGGACAACGUAGGGAUUCCGCGAUCAUCUCGCUGUUAGAGACGGGAUCUGCGACUUAUUGAGAAUACAAAGAUAGCGUUCAUUGCCUAAGGAAGGGGGACUUCAUCUCCACGCACACACACACACGAGGAUUUUUAAGGAAUGCGCCCUGCACCUCAGUGGCAUUCUGCUGGGUCCCCACAUCACCACAUCGUAGCUCCACAGAAGCAUGGAGGAAACAGCAGCAGCAGCGGCAGCGGCACUGCCGGCACCGGUCUCUGGUCCCACGCCCGCCGUCUCCAGGCCCCAGCCCCCGCGCAACGCGGGACCCCCCUCCCGUAGCCUGCUGGAGUGGAGGAGGAGGGUGAAGUCUGAGUACAUGCGCCUUCGCCAGCUCAAGCGCCUCAAGAAGGUGGAGGAGGUCAAGGCCCUGUUUGUGUCCAACAGCAAAAAGAUUGAGGAGAAGACAAACAUCCUGAACGCUGAAUGGUCCAAACUCAGGCUUCAGCCGAUCCCUCGGUCGACUUCCAGUGGAUCCCUGCCCAGCAAGAAGUUGUGUACUGUGGAGUCUGGCUACACGGGAUUCAAGACGCAGGUCAUUCCCUUGCGUACCCUAACUACCGUGGCCGGGAUCCCCUUCAUGUACUCCUGGUCCCCUCUGCAGCAUAACUAUAUGGUAGAAGAUGAGACCUUCCUCCACAACAUCCCUUAUAUGGGCGACGAGGUGCUGGAGCAGGACGAGGCCUUCCUGGAGGAGCUCAUCGACAACUACGAUGGUGUCCAUGGCGACAGGGAAGGGGGGUUCAUCAACGACGAGAUCUUCAAGGAGCUGGUGGAGGCGCUGAGCCAGUACCCCGACCUGGAGGAGGAAGAGGAGGAGGUGGGGGAGGAGGAGGAGCAGCCGAUGAUGACGACGACGGCGGAGGAGGAGGGGGAGGCCGUGAAGAAAGAGGAGGAGGAGAGGGCUCUGGGGAGGAGCUCGGUGGAGGAGGUGGCGGCCGUGGUGGUGGUGAAGAAGGAGGAGGAGAGGGCUCUGAGGAGGACCUCAGCCGAGGGCUCGGAGGAGACCAAGACGGUGCCCGUCUUCACCACCACCUUCGUCCGGAGGAAGAGGAGGAGCAUUGCGGAAGUGAGGGACGCAUCGUGCACCAAGAAGAUCCCCCACGACAAGAUAUUCACCGCCAUCGCCUCCAUGUUCCCUUACAAAGGCACCAUGGAGGAGCUGAAGGAAAAAUACAAAGACCUCCUGGAGCCGGCCAGCCCGGUGAAGCUGCCCCCCCUGUGCACCCCCAACAUAGACGGGCCCUUCGCCAAGUCUGUGCAGCGGGAACAGUCGCUGCAUUCGUUCCACACCCUCUUCUGCAGACGCUGCUUCAAAUACGACUGUUUCCUUCACCCGUUCCAUGCGUCCCCCAAUGUUUACAAGAGGAAGAAUAAGGAGAUCCGCAUCGAGACCGAGCCAUGUGGCGCCGACUGCUUUCUUCUGCAGAAAGGGGCGAAGGAGUUUGCGGAUCAGUACAUGCUUCGCUCCCAGAGGUCCCGGAGGCGGAGGAAGCAGCCGCGGCCGCCCAGCCUCAGCUGUCCCGGCCCGUCGGGGUCCCUGGAGGAGGUCAAGGACGGGGACAGCGACCACGAGAACACCUCCUCCUCAGAAGAGCACUCGCGCUGCCAGACCCCGACCAAGCUGCGGCCGGUGGAGGAGGAGCUAGCGGGGCCCCCAACGGAGGAGGACCCCUGGACCGGGGCCGAGGAGUCUCUCUUCAGGGUGCUGCACGGCACCUACUACAACAACUUCUGCUCCAUCGCACGCCUCAUCGGAUCCAAGAACUGUAAACAGGUCUAUGAAUUUGCGGUGAAAGAGGUCCUGAUCCAUCGGGUGCCGGUGCAGGAUGGAGGAAUCUCUCCGCAAAAGAAGAAGAGGAAGCACAGGUUAUGGGCAAAGAUUCAGCUGAAGAAAGACAACUCCUCCAACCAGGUGUACAACUACCAACCUUGUGACCAUCCGGACCACCCCUGUGACAGCUCAUGCCCAUGCGUGAUGACGCAGAACUUCUGCGAAAAGUUCUGCCGCUGUGAGACCGAGUGCCAGAACCGUUUCCCGGGCUGCCGGUGCAAGACGCAGUGCAACACCAAACAGUGCCCGUGCUACCUGGCAGUGAGGGAGUGCGACCCGGACCUGUGCAUGACCUGUGGCGCCGCCGACCACUGGGACAGCAAGGUGGUGUCCUGCAAGAACUGCAGCAUCCAGCGAGGCCUGAAGAAGCACCUCCUGUUGGCCCCGUCAGAUGUGGCUGGGUGGGGCACCUUCAUCAAGGAGUCUGUCCAGAAGAAUGACUUCAUCUCUGAGUACUGCGGAGAGCUGAUCUCCCAAGAUGAAGCUGACCGACGUGGACGGAUCUAUGACAAAUACAUGUCCAGUUUCCUCUUCAAUUUGAACAAUGAUUAUGUUGUGGACGCCACCCGGAAAGGGAACAAAAUACGCUUUGCGAAUCACUCUGUCAACCCCAACUGUUACGCAAAAGUGGUGAUGGUGAACGGAGAUCACCGCAUCGGGAUCUUUGCCAAGAGGGCUAUCUUGCAGGGGGAGGAACUCUUCUUUGACUACAGGUACAGCCAAGCCGAUGCCCUGAAGUACGUUGGGAUCGAGAGAGAGGUGGAGGGGACUUAGCAUGUACCCGGUGACACCUGUCUUGCCAUAGAAACAUCCAUCACCUGUCCGUCAUCUGGUUGGCCCCACGUUGGGGGGGGGGGGGGGGGGGGGGGGGGGGGUUAGAGGGUGUUGUGGAUGUCUAUGAUAAGACUCAGUGUUGUCUCCUGACCGCCUUUCAAGUACGAAAAAGCCCUCUCACCUCCUGUAAACAUUUCACACGACAAUGCUACUUUAGCUUACAGCGUAUUAUCUUCUUAACAAAACUGUACAAACUAUACAACUUCUGUGUAUGCCAAGCUUACUGAAGGCAUCAAUUACGAAUGGCAUUCAUAUGUGAUUAUCAUUAUUAUUAUUAUUAUUAUAAGUAAUAUAAAUAAUAACAAUAAUCAGUGUGGCUUAAAGCACCUAGAACCUUUUGUUUCGUUUCUCCAGAGCUAUAAUGUUACAGCUAUCCGUCAUAUUCUCAGUGUUACUCUCAGUAGAUUUGUUACUGUAUUUAUAAUGGGUUAGAAUUUCACCUCUCAAAACAUAACUCUGCUUUUUAUUAUGUGCCAGAUAGUACCAGUGCAAGUGCAUGUUCCGUUUCUUGGUAAGGCUAACCAUUAAACAUGCUAGCCAAUCGGUGGUGUUUCUCAGUAUCAUGUGAUUUACCCUAUUGAUAGUGCAGGGUUAAACAAGGUCAGUGACUGACAGGUACCCCGUGUUUUCGACCUUCUCUGUUGCUGGCUUUAACACAACUUUAUAGCAAAAGCACGCUAUUGAGCAUAUUAUCGUUAUAAUAUCAUCGUGGCUCUGCAAAAAGUAGGCAAAUGGACGAAAAAACCGACUGACUGAAUGUAAAAUGUAGUUGGUGUCGAGAGAGAUCUCUUUCCUCAUUCAUUUCAUUUGCGACAUUAACCGAUGCUGCUGGCCCUCUAAGCUAAUUGACGUUAAAUAUAAUCUUUGUUUAUUACUGGAAAUUAAGUGUACAAGAUCUAUAUAAGUCUCUCUACGUAGACUUUUGCACAGAUAACCUCCCAUUGAAAUUAUUCCAAGUGCCAAAAUAUUCUACUCCACCCUCAAAACAAUAUUGUCGUUAAUCUUGGUAGUGUAAUUACGUUUGACAUAACCAAUGCUCUCUUUGGAAAACUGUAUAUGACCAAAUAAAGUGCCCAAUAAGUGAAUAGUGAAAGGUUCACUAUAUCUGAACUAUAUCUGACCAAUGUUCGUGUUUUCUGUUGCAGCAUCUGAACUGCUUUUGUUUUCAAAGCUAAAACGAUAUAUUGAAAAAGAAUAUCUGAACAUAGAGAAGCAAAGCUCAAUGAAAUGUUAUGCUACAUAUGUAUAGUGUAUGCCUAUAAAAAUAAAUAAACUUUAACUUUAUACAUAACAAUGUGUGUCUCGUCUGAAAUAAUUUGUUUUAUUUCGUUUUUUGUUGACGCUAUAUGCAUACAGAAUAGAUGAUAAAUAUUGAAAACAAAUGCAAUUUCUUUUAAGCUUUUUUUAUUGUGGUGACAGUUUGGUUUUGCCUUAAUUUACACAGUAAUGGUCAUUUACAGUGACAUCACAAAACCAAACCAACCGAGCAGAACUGCCCCUCCCCCUCUUUAAAUUAAUCAAUAAAAUAAAAGUUAGUAUAGUUGAGUUGAAUCACAACACCACUGUCAUUGGUGAUAAGAGUAGCUUGUUCUAGUAGCUUGUUUGAUGAUACCCUCCAGUCUAGGAAGGCUUUACCUUUAUUUAACUAGCCGACCGCUCUUUAGCUAACGGCUUAUCGCUAGCCUUCCAGUUUUCCCACCCUAAGGAAUCUUAACUGAAGUUUACACAUGAAAAACACACAGCUCUCAUCAGCACACUCCUCUCUGUGUACAAACACUGUCAUUUCUAGUCGGCAGAUCUUGGUAGGCUACGCAAUAACAUAAAUUGCACGCUAUAUUCAUAUAGUCAAACGUACACACGCUACAAGGACCACAAUCAACUCAAAACAAUGCCAUUGCAGUGAUACUACUAUCGUAGAAGAAUGCAUAUGUAUUUUUUUUCAAAUGAAUAGCAAUGUGUGCGUGCAGUUCUCUAAUACACACAAACAGGUUAACAAAAGCCAACCAAAAGUGUUAAAUUGUGAUAUCCAUCAAUUGAAAAUAUGUGAAUUAUGUGAAACUGAAAAGCAAAAACAAUCUUGAAGUUGAUCAGACAUGUAACAAAUCAUUCUGUUUUCUUCCUUCCUCUCUCAUUUGACUCAAUUACAACACUCUGUUAAAAAUAUAGCUUAGAAAAAAGCCCCAAAUCUGUACAUUUUUUCAUCGAUUAUUAUUUCCUGCCUAUUUAUUUAUGUGUGUUUCACAUUAGUUUACAAUCUUUAACAGCUAUGCACAGCACCGUCUUUCUACAAUGGAAACGAUCGCCGAGGUCAGGAGCAUAUCAGUGCUGUGGUAAAACCGGGUACUAUUGUAUCUAUUAACCUGAGCAUAAUGAAAAGCUACGAUGCAUAUGUUGCAAUUUAAAGGACCCUCAUUUGUGACAUCACAAACGGGAGGGUCCAUCCGGAUGCAUGACAGGGGUCCUUUAACUUCCAGUGCUGAACACACAUCAGGAGACCAGUACAACCAGGGUUGUACUGCAGGGACUUGCCUCGCCAUUACAGUUGCAGCGUUUACAUUCAAACCUAUCUCUCCUACUGAUCCUCACCGCUGAUC